AUGGAGCCCGAGCAGGUAACUAUUACUGUCCUUUUGCCAGACAUGUUUAAAGCAUUUCUCAAGCAAGAACCUUUGGUAAAUCCUCAUUAUGAAAGAGUCAAGCUAGAGUCAGAAGAGUGGCUGAGCGAAUUCUGUUCAUUCGGGCCUAGAAUGAGAAAAAAGGUUAACAAUUGUGACUUUUCCUACUUUUGCGCAAUUGCAGCGCCAUUUGCUCCCCGAUCGCAAUUUCGUACCAUUUGUGAUUGGGGUAAUUGGGUUUUCCCGUACGACGAUAUGUUUGACAAUGGAUGCCUCCGCGACAAGCCUGAAGAGUCUCAACGUGUCAUGGAGAGCUUGAUGAUGCCCAUGAUGGGUAAAUCUUCUUACUUGGACGUGGCAGAUAGGCUGCGUAUCGUACAAGCUCAUGACACAGUUUUCCAAAGAAUUGCCAUGCCUCUUCAUAUAAAAGGCGUCCGGAAGAGAUUUGCUCUCGCCAUGCAAGGCUACUGUCAAGGCGCGUUGGUUCAGAUCGACAACCAUUUUGCGAGCAAGACGCCCUCACUGGAAGAAAUCGUUCUUAUCAGGCGAAAAUCAGCAGGAUGCAAGCCUCUGUACCAUCUUGUUGAAUAUGCACACGACCUCCGAGUUCCAGACGAGGUGUUUGACAACCCCGUUAUUCAAGAACUGGAGUGUCUGGGUAUGGACAUGGCAGAAGGCGUGCCGCACAACAUGGUGACAGUCUGCUGCUCAAGUGGAAUGUCACUGCAAAACGCCUUUAACACGGUAGGCAAGCUCCUUGAGCAACGGUACCAGCGCUGGGAUAAGGCUGAAGCGAGCGUGCCGAGCUGGGGCAAAGAGGCUGAUGUGCAAGUUCGAAAGUAUGUUGAGGGCAUCAAAUGCGUGGUCAAGGCCAACCUUAACUGGAGCUUCAAGUCAGAGCGCUACCUUGGCUCUAAUCCCGCCCAAGUCAGGUCUACUCGGGUGCUUCAACUUUUGGUAGAGUCGCCGAAUUCACGGAGGAAAACGGUGGUUAUGAAGCAUCACCAUUCAAGGUUGCAGGAUGAUGCGCUGAAAACUGUCGGAAGCUAUAUAAUUUGGAUAUAUACCUUGGCGAUUGAGUUUCUGUUGUCUUGUGUGAUGUACUAA